ACCCUCAAACAAAUGAAAAACUUCCAAGCCAGUCCCAAAUCCCUAAUCCAAAAGCAGCGACCAGUUUCUCGUCUCCCUUCGCCUCCCUCGGCAGCAUCGUCAUCUCUGGCGUCCAUCGUCAGUGACCCAUCAUCUCCUGCCCGCCGUUGCUUCUGCACAGUUUCCGGCGUCCCUUGUCCGUCGCUACUGCUUCAUCUUUCUCGCUCCGUUCGCCCUGUCAUCUCCGGCGCCGCAGCGUUCCCGAUCCGGCUUCACAUCUCCGGUGUUACAGCGUCCCGUCAUCUCCGUCUUCUUUACUUCUGAAGGGAAUGGCUUCAACGGGACAACCCGCGCCGUCUCUGAAGAGACCUGAUCCGCCGGCGACAAGAGAAGGGGAUAAGCUGAUUAUAACCCCUUUAGGUGCCGGUAAUGAAGUAGGACGGUCUUGCGUUCAUAUGUCCUACAAAGGGAAGACAAUUCUGUUUGAUUGUGGAAUUCAUCCUGCGUACUCGGGCAUGGCUGCUUUGCCAUACUUUGACGAAAUUGAUCCUUCUACCAUUGAUGUGCUCCUUGUCACUCACUUUCACUUGGAUCAUGCUGCUUCACUUCCAUAUUUCUUGGAGAAGACCACGUUCAAGGGGCGAGUUUUCAUGACUCAUGCAACAAAGGCCAUCUAUAAGUUGCUGUUAUCAGAUUAUGUGAAAGUGAGCAAAGUUUCAGUUGAAGAUAUGUUGUACGAUGAACAAGAUAUUCUUCGGUCAAUGGACAAAAUUGAGGUUAUUGACUUCCAUCAAACCUUAGAAGUAAAUGGAAUCCGCUUUUGGUGUUACACUGCAGGACAUGUCCUUGGCGCUGCCAUGUUCAUGGUUGACAUUGCUGGUGUCAGAGUCCUCUAUACUGGAGAUUAUUCACGUGAAGAAGAUCGGCAUCUUCGUGCUGCUGAGCUUCCACAAUUUUCUCCUGACAUUUGCAUAAUUGAAUCCACUUAUGGUGUUCAACUUCAUCAACCACGGCAUAUUCGAGAGAAGCGAUUUACUGAUGUCAUUCACUCUACCCUUUCUCAAGGUGGUCGUGUCUUAAUUCCAGCAUUUGCCCUUGGCCGUGCCCAAGAACUGUUACUGAUCCUUGAUGAGUAUUGGUCAAACCAUCCUGAGCUCCAUAAUAUUCCCAUAUAUUAUGCCUCCCCUCUUGCAAAGAGGUGCAUGGCAGUUUAUCAGACCUACAUCAAUGCCAUGAAUGAAAGGAUACGGAACCAAUUUGCCAAUUCAAACCCCUUUGAUUUCAAGCACAUAUCACCUCUGAAAAGUAUUGAGAAUUUUGACGAUGUAGGCCCCUCGGUUGUCAUGGCAAGCCCGAGUGGGCUUCAGAGUGGGUUGUCUCGCCAGCUGUUUGAUAAGUGGUGUUCUGAUAAGAAAAAUGCUUGCGUCAUACCCGGAUAUGUUGUGGAGGGAACACUCGCAAAAUCCAUCAUUAACGAACCCAAAGAAGUUACCCUAAUGAAUGGCCUAACAGCUCCUCUCAACAUGCAGGUCCACUACAUUUCCUUCUCGGCUCAUGCGGAUUAUGCUCAGACGAGUACAUUCUUGAAAGAGCUUAUGCCUCCCAACAUAAUUCUUGUUCAUGGAGAAGCUAAUGAGAUGGGGAGGCUGAAGCAGAAACUUAUCUCUCUAUUUGCUGAUGGCAAUACCAAAAUCAUUACCCCCAAGAACGCUCAGUCUGUUGAAAUGUACUACAACUCCGAUAAAAUGGCAAAAAUCAUUGGAAGGCUGGCAGAAAAGGUCCCGGAAGCAGGUGAAGCAGUCAGUGGUUUGUUGGUGAAGAAGGGAUUCACUUAUCAGAUCAUGGCGCCCGAUGAUCUCCAUGUGUUCUCACAGCUAUCGACAGCCAAUGUCAUUCAAAGGAUUAGCAUCCCUUACUCUGGAGCGUUCGGCGUGAUAAAGCACAGGCUAAAGCAGAUAUUUGAGAGUGUAGAAUCGUCGAAUGAUGAAGAAUCCGGGGUUCCUACUUUGUGCGUGCACAACUGCGCAACGGUGAAGCAGGAAUCAGACAAACAUAUCUCAGUGCAUUGGACUGCAGAUCCCAUAAGCGACAUGGUCGCAGACUCAACCGUGGCUCUGGUGUUGAAUAUCAGCCGGGAGAUGCCCAGAGUGUUUGUAGAGUCAGAGGGUGAAGUAAACGAAGAAGAAAAGGAGAGAAAGGCAGAGAAGAUCUGCCGAGCGCUGCUUGCCUCGCUUUUUGGAGACGUGACGGCUGGAGAGAAUGGAAGACUGGUGAUAAGCGUGGAUGGACAAAUGGCACGGCUAAACAGGCUCACUGGCGACGUGGAGAGUGAGAAUGAAGGCCUGCGGGAGAGGGUGAGAACAGCAUUUCGCAGAAUCCAAAGUGCUGUGAAGCCAAUCCCCUCUUGUUCUUAGCUCUUAAUCUUAUCACCACAACUGUCAUUAAUCUUAUGAUGCUAAGCUGGGUGGUAUCGUGGAGGGGUUUGUAAUCCAUCUUAGGAAUGAAUGUACGUUUAGAAGCUGUCUGGAAUGGAAUAUGAUUUGCCAUGUGUGGAAAUGUGUUUUGGAUCUGGAUUUGAUUGGUGGAAAGUAUUCCUUAUUUAAUUAUCUCA